CUCUUUCACUAUUCAGUGAAUUUUUACCAUAAGAAGGAGACUCGUUCAUACCUUUGUUGACGCACAUCGAGCCUUAGAGGCUGGAAAUACCCGGAAAGUGAUUUUAUGUUUUUUCAAGUAUUAUCGUUUCUUGUACACAGAAAAUUGCCUUCAAAUCGGUAUGGAACAGUUCUUUAAUCUAAUAACUGAAAGCUGGCCAAACAGAUUAUAACUAUUUGGUAAAAUCAUCCCUUGUAGACGACAUGAGUCGUAACGAAGGCAAGAAUGGUUGUCAUUCAUGUUGUCCAAAACUAUGUCGACGGUUGCGGUCGGAAUUGCUCUUAUUCUUGAUCUUAAUUGGGGUAGUUUUUGGUUUCAUCGUCGGGAUUUUCAUUAAUAAACCCGUUGGAGACAUCAAGGACCCAGAAAGAAAAGCAUCAACGUUAAUGCUCAUUGGAUUCGCAGGCGAGCUUUUCAUGAAUAUGCUGAAAAUGUUAAUUCUGCCAUUAAUUAUAGCAAGUCUGGUUUGUUCCUUGGCUGCUCUCGACGCCAAAGCUACAAGUAGAAUCGGAAGAAGAGCUUUGCUUUACUUUAUUGCUACCACAAUUCUCGCCGUUAUUUUGGGGAUUGCUUUAGUGGUUUCCAUGAGACCAGGAGAAGGGGGAAAAACAGAGGAAGCGGGGAAAAAAAUUGAGGAAUACAGAACUCUAGAUGCUUUCCUAGACUUGCUAAGGUCCUGUUUUCCCAGUAAUAUUGUGGCUGCCAUGUUUUCACAGCAAAGGACGAGAUACACCAAAGUAGACCCUGUCCUACAAUCACGAAACCAAACCAUAGACAUCAACAACUUGACAAAGCCAGACCUCUCAAGACUAAACGUAUUCUCAAAUGGCACCCACAACCUCUCAACUACAAGUACAACAGUCACACCUGGAUCCAAGACAGUCCCUUCAGGUCAAAUGGUGGACCCAAAAGGAAACAUGAAUGUGCUUGGUAUAGUAAUAUUCUCUGUCGUGUUCGGUAUUGUUCUGGGUCGUAUUGAAGAUAGAGGCCUUCCGCUUAAAGCUGUGUUUGAGUCUUUAAAUGAGGUUAUUAUAAGGAUGGUCUCUGUUGUCAUGUGGUACUCCCCGAUAGGUAUCUGUAGUCUCAUCAUAGCUGAAGUAGCUGCGAUGACAAACAUCAUGAGAUCUCUAUCUCUUGUCGGUAUUUACAUGUUGACUGUCAUCUCUGGCCUCCUGAUUCACUCCUUAGUUGUCCUACCCAUCAUCUUCGUGAUCGUUACACGGAGGAACCCUUUUGGGUUUAUCAUGGGCAUGCGCAGUGCGAUCAUCACAGCUUUUGGGACGUCAUCAAGUUCAGCCACGCUACCCACCACCAUGAAAUGCGCCGAGAAGAACAAUAAAGUCGACGCACGCAUCAGCCGGUUCAUCCUUCCACUGGGUGCAACAGUGAACAUGGAUGGGACUGCUCUGUACGAGGCGGUGGCUGCUGUAUUCAUCGCGCAGGCAAAUGGCAUUGACCUUGGCAUUGGAGCACUCAUUACAACAUGCGUUACAGCAACAGCAGCAUCCAUUGGUGCCGCAGGGAUCCCACAAGCUGGUUUAGUCACCUUAGUGAUGGUCCUCCAAGCUGUUAACCUCCCUACUAGCGACAUAGCGCUAAUCCUGGGUGUUGAUUGGUUCUUAGACCGUAUACGUACUACUGUUAACGUCCUUGGUGACGCCAUGGGUACAGGAAUUGUCGAGCACCUAUCACGUGACGACCUCAUGAACAUGGACUUCAUCGCACGUGAAGAAGUCGAACCGGUCGAUGAAGACAGGUUCAACCCACGUGACACGGAAGCUAUGAUUGGAAUGAAGGGAAAACGACGAAACGCUUCUGAAACGUCGAUCAAAGAAACGAACUUUUAAAUUAUGCACGUUGUCAUGGUAAUAUUGUUGUUUCUGUAAGUGUUGUCAUGGGAACAUUGUUAUUGUCAUAUAGUGAUAUUGAUGUUGUCAUGUUUAUAUUAACGUUUGUGAUUUUGUCGUUGUCAUGGUAAUAUUAAUGAGAUUGAAUCUUUAGAAAAAAAAUAUAUAUAUAUAUAACAAAGGGAAUCAUAUUACUUCUAUAAUUUCUGUUGAAUAUUGUUCUUACUAAACCAAAUCAAAAUCGUUAUCAUCUGAUCUAUUUUUAUUUUAUUUUUAUUUUAUUUUACUUAUAGCCAACUCUUAGGUUAUCAAUAGCUAGCGGGUUAAAGAAAAGAGACUACAAAAUGUAUCGCUGAAUAAUAAGAGAUCAAAUCAUAAGAAAGGCUAGGAAUCUACUACAGGUUUUCCCCAAUCAUAAUAGAUCGUCGCUUACAUUUUUGUUUGGGCUUCGAAAGCUUGGUAAAUCAUGCAUUUUUCAGCUAAAACUUUCGAUUCGUCACCUGAUAAAUUUAUAUACAUUCUUGUAACUCGUUCUUCAGUACUAUCGAAAUUAACUUUCUUAAAAAUAUAAGAAAAUGUCACGGUUUGCAACAAAUAAACUAAU